AUGGACGUGGACGCGGACGUCGACAUGGACAUGGACGUGGACGUGGACGUGGACAUGGACGUGGACGUGGACGUGGGCGUGGACGUCGACAUGGACAUGGACGUGGACGUGGACGGGGACGUGGACGUAGACGUGGACAUGGACGUGGACGUGGACGUGGACGUGGACGUCGACAUGGACAUGGACGUGGACGUGGACGUGGACGUGGACGUGGACGUGGACGUAGACGUGGACAUGGACGUGGACAUGGACGUGGACGUGGACGUUGACGUGGACGUGGACGUGUGGACGUGGACGUGGACGUGGACACGUGGACGUGGAUGUGGACGUGGACGUAACAUGGACCUGGACGUGGACGUGGACGUGCACGUGCACGUGGACGUGGACGUUGACAUGGACGUGGAUGUGGACGUGGAUGUGGACGUGGACUUGGACGUGGACGUGGACGUGGACGUGGACUGGACAUGGACGUCGACGUGGACGUGGACGUGGACGUGGACGUGGUCACGUGGACGUGGACGUGGACGUGGACGUGGACGUGGACGUGGACGUGAACAUGGACGUGGACGUGGACGGGACGUGGACAUGGACGUGGACGUGGACGGGACAUGGACGUGGACGUGGACGGGACGUGGACGUGGACGUGGACGUGGACGUGGACAUGGACGUGGACGUGGACGUGGAUGUGGACGUAACAUGGACGUGGACGUGGACGUGGACGUGGACGUGGACAUGGUCGUGGACGUGGACGUGGUCGUGGACGUUGACGUGGACGUGGUCGUGGACGUGGACCUGGACGUGGACGUGGUCGUGGACGUUAACGUGGACGUGGACGUGGACGUGGACGUGGACAUGGUCGUGGACGUGGACGUGGACGUGGACGUGGACGUGGACAUGGACGUGGACGUGGACGUGGACAUGGUCGUGGAUGUGGACGUGGACGUGGACGUGGACGUGGACGUGGACGUGGACGUGGACGUGGACGUGGACGUGGACGUGGACGUGGACGUGGACAUGGUCGUGGACGUGGACGUGGUCGUGGACGUGGACCUGGACAUGGACGUGGACGUGGACGUGGACAUGGUCGUGGACGUGGACGUGGACGUGGACGUGGACGUGGACAUGGACGUGGACGUGGACGUGGACAUGGUCGUGGAUGUGGACGUGGACGUGGACGUGGACGUGGACGUAGACGUGGACGUGGACGUGGACGUGGACGUGGACGUGGACGUGGACGUGGACAUGGUCGUGGACGUGGACGUGGUCGUGGACGUUGACGUGGACGUGGUCGUGGACGUGGACCUGGACGUGGACGUGGUCGUGGACGUUAACGUGGACGUGGACGUGGACGUGGACGUGGACGUGGACGUGGACGUGGACAUGGACGUGGACGUGGACGUGGACAUGGUCGUGGAUGUGGACGUGGACGUGGACGUGGACAUGGACGUGGACAAAAACGUGGACGUGGACGUGGACGUGGACGUGGACGUGGACAUGGACGUGGACGUGGACGUGGACGUGGACGUGGACUUGGACGUGACGUGGACGUGGACGUGGACGUGA